AUGCCUGGCGCUGACCGCAAGCCCAAGACCUUGUAUGACAAGGUCUUCGAUCAUCACAUUGUCAACGAGCAGGAGGAUGGCACCGUUCUCAUCUACAUUGACAGACACCUGGUUCACGAAGUGACCUCUCCACAAGCCUUUGAGGGUCUCAAGAAUGCGAGCCGAAAAGUCCGCAGGCCGGACUGCACUCUCGUCACCGUUGACCACAACAUUCCCACCUCAUCGCGAAAAAACUUCAAGAACGUCGACCAAUUCAUCGAAGAGAACGACUCCCGCCUACAAUGCUCCACCCUCGAAGAGAACGUCAAGGACUUCGGUCUGACAUACUUUGGAAUGGACGACAAGCGUCAGGGUAUCGUCCACGUUAUCGGUCCCGAGCAGGGCUUCACUCUCCCCGGUACAACCGUCGUCUGCGGUGACAGUCACACUUCCACCCACGGUGCCUUCGGUGCUCUCGCCUUUGGUAUCGGUACCAGUGAGGUCGAGCACGUCCUCGCCACACAGACUCUCCUUACCAGACGCAGCAAAAACAUGCGCGUCCAGGUCGACGGUGAGCUUCCCGCUGGAGUUACGUCGAAGGACGUCGUUCUACACAUCAUCGGCCUCAUUGGCACCGCUGGUGGUACAGGAAGCGUCAUUGAGUUCUGCGGCUCCGUCAUCCGCGGGCUGAGCAUGGAAGCUCGGAUGUCCAUGUGCAACAUGUCCAUUGAGGGUGGCGCCCGUGCUGGCAUGGUCGCACCAGACGAGAUUACCUUUGAGUACCUGAAGGGCCGCCCUCUGGCCCCCAAGUACGACAGCGCCGAGUGGAAGAAGGCCGUCAGCUACUGGUCUAGCUUGGCCUCUGACGAGGAUGCCGUCUUCGACAAGACCAUCAUGAUCGAUGCCAAGGACAUCGUUCCCACAAUCUCGUGGGGUACUUCACCCCAGGACGUCGUCCCCAUCACUGGCGUUGUCCCCGGCCCCGACGACUUCGAAGACGAGGCGCGCAAGCUCGCCUGCAAGCGCGCCCUCGAGUACAUGGGCUUGACUGCCGGAACGCCCAUGAAGGACGUCGUCGUCGACAAGGUCUUCAUUGGUUCAUGCACAAACUCGCGCAUUGAGGAUCUGCGCGCCGCCGCCAAGGUCGUGCGCGGCAAGAAGAUUGCCUCUAACAUCAAGCGUGCUAUGGUCGUCCCCGGCUCUGGUCUUGUCAAGCAGCAAGCUGAGGCCGAGGGUCUUGACAAGAUCUUCGUCGACGCUGGUUUCGAGUGGCGUGAGGCCGGUUGCUCCAUGUGCCUCGGCAUGAACCCCGAUAUCCUCUCCCCACAGGAACGUUGCGCCUCCACCUCCAACCGCAACUUCGAGGGCCGCCAAGGUGCCGGCGGCCGCACCCACCUUAUGUCCCCCGCCAUGGCCGCUACCGCCGCCAUCGUCGGCAAGCUCGCCGACGUCCGUGAGCACAUCGCCGAGAGCCCCCGUCUCGGCAAGGUCCAGCCCAAGGUCGACGUCAAGCCCGAAGCCGAAGACGUCGACACCGAGGAAGAACUUGACCACAUCCUCGACCAACCCGCUGACAACGAACCCCACACCAACACCUCCGCCCCCACCUCUGCCUCCUCCGCCGGCCUCCCCAAGUUCACAACCCUCAAGGGCAUCGCGGCCCCCAUGGACCGCAGCAACGUCGACACCGACGCCAUCAUCCCCAAGCAGUUCCUGAAGACCAUCAAGCGCACUGGCCUGGGCACCGCUCUCUUCUACGAACUCCGCUACAAGGACGGGCAGGAAGACCCCAGCUUCAUCCUGAACCAGGGCAUCUACCGCAACUCCAAGAUCCUCGUCGUCACAGGCCCCAACUUCGGCUGCGGCUCCUCGCGCGAACACGCCCCCUGGGCCCUCCUCGACUUUGGCAUCAAGUGUAUCAUUGCUCCCUCCUUCGCAGACAUCUUCUUCAACAACACCUUCAAGAACGGCAUGCUCCCCGUCGUGAUCCCCGAGCAGGCAACCCUCGAGAAGAUCGCCGAGGAGGCUCGCGCCGGCCGCGAGGUCGAGAUCGACCUCGUCAACCAGGAGAUUAAGGACGAGGCCGGCAACAAGCUCGCCUCCUUUGACGUCGACGCCUUCCGCAAGCACUGCCUUGUCAACGGCCUCGAUGACAUCGGUCUCACCCUCCAAAUGGAGAACAAGAUCGCUACCUUCGAGAAGAAGCGCACGCUCGAGACCCCCUGGCUCGACGGCAAGGCCUACCUCAAGCGUGGCCGCAACGGCGGCGCGAACAUGGUGCAGGCUGCGGCCGUGCCGAAGACGAAUCGCGGUGAUGUCAAGGGCGAGCCGCUUGAGUGGUAG